AUGCUGCUCGAGUACCCCGUCGUCUACGCACUUGAGGCUGGCGAUAUUAGUCUUCGUCUGCAUACGAAUCUAUCGCGUAAAGAUGUGCAUCUGUGGGAUGAGGCGCAAGACUGGACACCGCUAGCGACAUGUCUCACUGACGUAGACUUGCACCUAAUCACUGUGCGCCUGCAAAAUGUCCCUACAAUUUCAUCCCCCCAUACAUGGAUAGCGUUCUCCAUUCCUCACGCCCUGCCGCAGGGCGAAGCGCUCCUUUUAGAAACACGGGCAUGGCUUGCGACAUUGCAAUUGCGCUUUUCACGAGACAAAGUACAGGUGGUAAUAGAGAACAAGACCGUGCACAUGGAUCGCGUAGCUCUGUAA